AUAACACACGGACUGAUAGCAAGACUCGGGAGGUAAAGGCGGCAAUACACAUCGAAACAGCAGUCUCUCUACGGCGCGCUACUUUUCCGCCUCGAGUUUCUCCAGGUUAACGUGAUGGCGAAGCAUUUCUCGUGGCCGAUGGUGCUGGGAUGCGCUGCUGUUGUAACCAUUUUAUUCUUUUUUAUCUUACCUAAGAACUUCGUCAUCGUGGUGAGGUCAGAGUCGCCAGCCAGAGAGUCGUCGCCCGAGACACUGGUCGGGGAGCCAGUCUCGCGAUGUAUCAUUCCUGGCCUGGCGAGCAUUGACCAGUACAAGGCGUACCUGCACAAGGCGGAGACCACCUGCAGCGAUAUGCGUCAGUUCGGAGGGAAGUCUCCGGCACCUGCUGAUGGCAUGAAGCUGGUGUGUAUGGACAGCAGAUUCAACAUCAAGCCCGGGAACUGUCUUGUCUUCUCAUUCGGCGUCAACAACGAGUGGUCCUUCGAGGAUGAGUUCGAUAAAUUCGGGUGUAAAGUGUACGCCUACGACCCCACAAUGGGCAAGAAGGACCACCAACGCUCCCCUAACGUCAGGUUCUUCGCCACGGGCAUCGGCAACUAUCAGGGCACCAAGAAGGUCGGAAUGGGCAAAAGUUGGAGUGACCAAAAGGUGGAUCGCUUCGAGAACUUGGUGCGAGCGGUGGGCGAGGAGGGACAUGAGAUCGACUAUGUGAAGCUGGAUGUGGAGCUUUCCGAGAUCGACUUCAUGCAGGACAUGUUGUUCAACUCGCCACACGUCCUUACCAAGAUCAAGCAGAUUGCUAUGGAGGUCCACGACGGGCCGAAUAAAGGUCUUGGCCAGAUAACCACGCAUCAAGUUUUCUGGCCGUACUUCAUGCUCAUGAAGUGUAUGGGCUUCAAACUGAUCCACAGUCGAGACGCAGGAGGCUGGAGGGAGGUGGUGUGGGCGAGAGAUUUCUGAGGCGCACAAGGAGGACCACUUUUGGGGGGCUAUAUCUUAAAGGGAGGUGUGGGAGAAUUUCUGACGCAGAAAAGAAGGGACGCUUUUGAGAGAGGGGGCUACAGUCUAUCUAAACGGUGGUGCUGACAGUCUAGGGUGAUUGCAUGGGCGAAGGACUUCUAUGCCAUAUAGAUAGAUUUGCUUGUUUUGAGGAGCAGCUUGAAGGCUAGUGUGUGUGAGAGACUUCUGAAGCGAACGAAGAAGGUCACUCUUGGCGAUGCAGCACAUGAAGGAUGGUGACUUGUAGGAUUAAAGUAGGUCAGGGCAAAUAUUCUUUAUUAUCUUUCACUUGGUUUCUCGCAUCUCAUUGGCCACAGUGACGCCCGUCUUUAAACAUCUUAACAGGAUUGUUGAGGCAACUUUGAGAGUCAGUUCCACCUUACGGCAUAAAGUAAUAUGAAAACUAUUUAAAACGCACGGUAAUACACUAUACAGCGUCCGUUCUCUCUAGUUUAUGCUCAUUGUUUGUUAUAUCGUUCAUAGUGGCAGAUACCUUAUGGAUUAAAUAUGCACGUUUAAUGAUUAGAAAUACCUUUGACAUCGAGUUGCGGCAAUUAACAUUAAUUCAUUUUCGCUACUUCAAGGUCGAUAGCAAGUCAGUCUGAAUCAUCAGAGGACUUCCUUGAUGAAUAUUUCCUGAAGGUGGAGAAGUGCUAUAAGAUGAAACAGUCGACGGAACGGGGAAAAUUUAAAUCGCCACUAGUAAAAAGCAUAAGAUUUCCAUCUUUAGGUAUGAGGGUUCUAACAUCAAUAUUAAGUAAAUAGGUAAAGUGUUGUUAGUUCUUUAAAACGCAUGACUGCCAUAUUUGCAAAGUGCCAAAACGGGCCAAGAUUCAGAACAAGACUCGAUCAUGUUUAUCCUCCAACAUCCACACAAGGAUACACAAUGAUAUAAGGAGACAACAAGAGGCAAGACGGCCUACACAUAUCAGCUCCAGAAAGUGGGCGAUUCACCAAAUUCUCUUCCCAUCCAUAAAUAUAUCUAACCUCCAUUUAAGGUUAGAUUAAAGCUUUCUGUUGUGUUUGCAUCAACUACAUAACUGCUCAGUUUGUUACACUCAUCCACCUCUUUGUUCGUCGACCAGUUCUUGCCUAUUUUUUUUUUCAACUUGAAUCUAUCCAACUUAUUCCCGUUGGUUUUAAUGUAAAUACUUCCUCAAAAUCGCAAUUAUUGAUCCCUUUAAAACAUUAAAAAAUCCCCAAACAGUCUACGUCUUUCCAAAUAGUGUAAGCUAAGUCUUUUUAGCCUUUCUCUUCGGUUAAUUCUUAAGUCCUAGUAACACUUUACCCAUUCUUCUCUGUAUUGCCUCGAAGAUAUCUAUAUCCUGUCUGUAAUAGGGACACCAAAACUCAACACCAUAAUCCAGGUGAGGCCUAACUAGCGCCAAAUACAAUUCAGGGAUGACUUAUGAGAGUUCCAGUUGCUUACACUUUUGAAUAUAAAACCUAAGACUAUUUGCGCGCUUUCUGGUGAUAACAGCGAUUUAUGGGUAGAAAGUCAGAGCUCAUACGCCUUCCUAGAGUUGUGAUCGUACUCUAUAUGAUUCCUGUCACAGAAUUAGGGACACCCGAACACUGUUAUGACUCCGCCUCCACACCCGAAGCAGACACCGAGGAUCCGUAAAUAAGAUGGUGAAGUAAGCAUCGUUAUUUACCUGCUGAACGGCUCUCGCACAGAAAGAAGCGUGAUGUUAGGCUUUUACGAAACACCCUUGACUUCCCCUGUGCGAGUUAACUCCGUCCCCUUUAAUUAAGCCAACCCUCCACUCGUUAGAGUGCCAGAGAUGAAUAUAUGACCGAAGAAGUAUACGGGGAGGGCCAUAACCUAUAGGAUGAGUUUACAAUAGCUAGAAACUUCGUGCAUGUGAUAAAUAAAUAUGCAAAUUGGGAGCUUCACCUCCCGUUCGUACGAUUAAACACCGGAAAAAUACAAUUAUUUAAGUGUACGCUUGAGUGAGUGUGAAUGUCCUAGCGUGAGUGUUUGUCCUUUUGUAACAAUAAAAAGUGUGUUACAACUGUUGUGUGAUGGUAUAAUAAAGAUUACGUACUCA